GCACGCAGGGUCGUGUUGUUAAACAGGAAACGGUGAGAGGCGUUAGCAGCAGUUAGCCUGUUGGCUACCAGCACUGCGCACACAAGCGAAAUCAGAGCAUAGCGUUUAUCUGAAGAAGGGGAUAAAGAGUAUCGUUUGCCCGGUUGAUUGGUUUCAUCGGUGGGAGCGACAUGUCAGAGACGUACGAUUUCCUGUUUAAGUUCCUGGUGAUUGGCAGCGCUGGGACUGGGAAAUCAUGCCUCCUUCACCAGUUCAUAGAAAACAAGUUCAAACAGGACUCCAACCACACCAUUGGCGUUGAGUUUGGCUCCAGGGUUGUUAACGUUGGCGGCAAAACGGUCAAAUUGCAGAUCUGGGACACAGCUGGGCAGGAGCGCUUUAGGUCGGUGACCCGCAGUUACUACCGUGGAGCAGCAGGGGCUCUUCUCGUGUAUGACAUCACAAGUCGGGAGACCUACAAUGCUCUGACUAACUGGCUGACGGACGCACGGACACUGGCCAGCCCCAACAUCGUCAUCAUCCUGUGCGGGAAUAAGAAGGAUCUGGAUGCGGACCGUGAGGUCACCUUCCUAGAGGCGUCUCGUUUUGCCCAGGAGAACGAGCUGAUGUUUUUGGAGACGAGUGCUUUAACCGGGGAGAACGUAGAGGAAGCCUUUCUCAAAUGUGCUCGUACCAUCCUCAAUAAGAUUGAGACGGGUGAGUUGGAUCCGGAGCGGAUGGGUUCUGGGAUCCAGUACGGCGACGCAUCCCUGCGGCAGCUCAGACAGCCCCGGGGUUCUGCUGCACAGGCCAAGCAGCAGUGUAACUGUUAGGGGCCUGGGCACCCUGACCGCUAGCAGACAUCAGACCGUACACACACAACCUCCCCCCUCAGCUCCGGGUGUCUCUGGGUAUGCACACCCCUUACCCCUCUCCCAAAUGUGACCCUUCCACACCCAGACACAUCUGGAUCAUUUCUUAUGAUGAAGUCCAUCUGCAAACUUUAACCUCCGACCUCAGAAAGCUGUUCACCUAGGACAGAUCUGCCUGACUGCUUAGCGAGGGGCACGGGCAGUAGAGGUGAAUCACGUCCCGACUGAGAGACUGUGCGUGUUUUUAACUUCUCCUGUGAUUCUUACACACACAGUUCCUUCUUAUAAAGUAAACAGCCAUCAUCUAGACUUCACUAGACUGGGAUAAGCCAUUCAACGACAGCAGUAGAUGAAACAUUCCUAGGUCUUGAAUCAUUUUAUACGUUGUGACAUAUCAGUUCUUUGUUGGUGUUAAACUGAACGUCCCCUUGAUUUUCUUUUGACAUUCCUAAAAAUGACAAAUAAGCAUAUGAGUGGUCUGUGUGCUGGUUAGUUGGUCACUUGUAAUAUGGCCAGAAUGCCAAAUAUUGAUCUUCUGAGAGAACGUACAGCCCAUAUGCACUCAGAUAUUUACACGGUUGCAUUGGUUGUGUAUUUAAAGAGCUUCUAAAAGCACAAAGGAGGGGAAGGGGAAAAAGAAACAUCCAUUCAGAUCUUGUCAUUCGGUCGGCACUAUCUGGUGCAUAUCAGAUGUUUACCGCCGUCUCAGUCUGGCUUGGGUUAGAGGUUAUCGUCUAACUUAACCUCACCCGGCUUUCUGCACAGACCUCCUACCUUCAGAUUUAUUGAAAUUAAGGACAAUAAAUCUACAUUUGUUUGGCAGACACAUAAAGAAAUAUCAAAUAAUAAAUUUUUUUGAGAUUGGUGGUUUAAAAAUGCAUUUCACGAAAUGCCCACCUCCCAUCCCCCCCAAAAAAUGCGUACAAAAAUAAUAGCUUAAAUUGAAAAUUUUGGAGUCUGCAUGGGUGUAUCUCCCAAAAACUCAAGAACAUGUUUAAAUCGUAUUUCAACUUGAAAUCAGAGAUAAUAUGUUUUCUAAAGAAAAUAAAGGUUACUUUAGGACAAUUAAGAUUUUGGAACCUCCUAAAUUUUCACAAAAAUAAAUGAUGCUGAUUUUAAAAUAUUUUAUUAUUAGAUUACAGUGAUGCAAAUAGGAUUUUUAAUGCUUAAUUUUCAGAUAAUAAAACGUCUCAAUGCAUAAACAAAUUAUUAUAGCAAAAUUUCUUUGAGACAUAUCUUUGUGAGAUUCAACCCUGUUAUUAUUGAGUUAAAGUCACGUAAAAAGUGUACACUGUUAGAAUGGAAGAAUAUUUCCGUGCAGCAACCAGCUCAGACCCUUCAGUCUGCAACACGAUUAAUCUUCCACUGUAGCUGUGGUGUUUAGUCGUGCAUAUUUUGAGUUCAUUUGUCGUUGUUUCGCUCUGGUUACCCAUGACGGGGAGAUCUAGAGGUGAUGAGCGGCGCAGUGCCCCGUUCCAUCAUUAUGCACCACAGACAGACCUGCUUUGAUCUGUGUUUUAAAUGCUGUCUUUGUGAUGUGUGGUUUUUCUUUUUUUCCCCUCUGCAAGUGCACUUUUUUUGACUGUUUAUAUACUGUACCUAGAGAAUUGUAAAAUUUAUAGUAAUUUAAUGAUAUUAAAUGAGAGAAUAUUGUUUGAGGAGUGAUCAUUCCUUACUAAAGAACAACUGAGAUUAGACAAGAACAUGCUGUUAGUCGUAAAUAUGGGGUGGGUGAUCGGCUCGCCACGUCUUCUAGUUCAAGCACAGCCUUAACUGACUAACCACAUGAUUGUUCUACAUCAUUCAAGAGGCUGCCUCAUGCGCUCCUAAUCGUCCGAGCUCUUAAAAUGUAAAAUUUUUGUUUUUUGGACGUUUUUUUUCUUUAAUUUUUUUUAUCCACCGUGAUCUUUUACGAAAUUAUGUGUUUGAGAGAAUUAAACCAUUUCUAUCGAUCAAAAUUUUGACUCCAAGGAAUAUUCCAAGGUAAGCAGAUGUUAAGUUAAGCUGCAGUCACACUAGACUCUGUGCGUGCAAAAUUUGAACGUAUACUGCGAUGUUGGUAAUAUGACGUCACACUCAUUUUAAAAACAUAAUUCAACAUAUCUAAAACAAAAAAAA